CUUAACCACUAUGCUACACUGCCGCCCUAGUAAAGUGUAAUGAUUUCAGAGCACUUAACUGUCUCAGCCCUGCUGUGAUCUGAACCCUCUCUUUGUCCCAUGCAGAAAUUACAGAGAGUACCUUUGAGGCCAGUCAAUAUUUAUUUAUUCAUUCAUUUAUUUUAUAUGCAGUCAUACUGUGCAAUCAGACAUCCAUUUUAGCCCUUGCACUACUGGAAAUGAUCUCAGCUGAAGCUGAAUUUCUCUGUCUCUAUUUUGCUUCCAAUGUGUUCAGUCUUUAGUCAAAUCUGGCUUUGAGUAACACUAUCUUUAUAUUAAUUGCUGUGCAGAUCAAAUUUCAAGCGACACAUAUAUUGAGCAUAACCAUAUACUGCAUGGUUAUUUCUGCACUUCCAAGUACAUCUGCUUUACAUGUGAGAAAGAACAAAAAUAUUUUUAGUUUGUUCCUUUCAUGAAAGAUACAUAUUUGUAUUCUUGCAGACAAUAAACUUUGAAUAUGUCCAUGGUAAACUUGCCUACAUUUUUGUGUAAAAAUAUCUCAAAAUUGACAUUCUUUGCUUGAUUCAAUAAAAAUACUUCCAUGCUUAACUGAGCCACUACUUAGCUUUGGUGUGGUACUUGUGUAAAUCACAUGUCCAAUUGUAAAAUAUUGGAUACAAAUGCACACAGUGAUUACAAUAUAUUAUGAUCAAGAAAAUGAGACAUUAAUAACUGAUUCUUUGUUGACACAUUAGCAAAUAACAAUUUUUUUUUACAAUGCUGUUGAGUCCUGUGAAGAAAAAAUUUAGGACGGCCAAAUAAUCCAUAGAAAUACCCAACUGAAUUUUUGAUUUAUGUGAAGUAGAGAUUAAAAAGAUCUUCAUAAUAGAACAUUGAGCAUGUUGUCAUUGAAUUCCUUCUACUGAGUCCUUAAAAAUCGAAUCCUAUCUUCAAAAAGACACAUUCCAAGGUUUGAUGUCACUGUAAUGCUUUCAAACCUGUCCAAGGUCCUACAGAUGGAUACAUUAUGAGGAAUGUGAUGAUGUAUCUGUUCUGGGUGUUUCUGGGUAAGAUGAACCGUGUUGAGGAGGGACACAUGGUGCGCAGAAUCUGCACAUUGGUUCUGCGAAACCGUGUACAGCGUGGAGGGUACAAUCCAUGUGCGGUGUAGAGUUCAGCAACUCGUGUUCCCAUGCCAAAUCAGGGGCAUUACCGAAUCAUACAUACGUGACUUGGAAAGUGCUUAUCAUUACCAUCAUCAUAAAUGUAAAAUCUGUUGCAUGUAUAAAAGAAAUUAAUGACCUAUGGGACGAGGACUUCAACCCCAUGCAAUACGGUUUAUACAUAUCUUAUCAGUGACUAAUGUUGCUGGUAAGUUCCCAAGAUGCAAGCAGGUAAAUUUUUACUGUGAACCAACUGCUAGUAGCCCAUAGUUUCACAAUGCGGCUUCAAAAAAUACCUUCACUUUCAUAGUGGCCAAGCUCCAUAACCUUAGAUGAACCAAAAGGCACAACUGUGAGGAAACUUGCUCCCUUAGCAUAAUGUGUGUUUGCUUCUGUGACAUGAGCGCGGUUUCAAAGAUACAGUGUAAAUCUUUAAACAGUAAAGUACCUCCAUUGAACAGUCAAAUCUAAGGUGUGCAUGAGGCCUUUAUACUAAGGUAUGAUGUUAUAUCAUGGUAAAUGUGGGUUAUCAUUCUCAAUCUGCUGUAACAUGCACUCUGCCAGUGUGGAAAAGGUCAGUUUUAGCCUAGAUUUCUGUAUUGCAGAGGUCGAUUCUGCUGUCAUACCUAUGUGCUCUCGGCGGCCAGUUGGCCCUGUAUCUCUGCGUUAUCAGGAUUCAGGUGGAGCUGAGGGUGUGAUGUGGAACAAGAGUGACAGGAAGAGGAACAAUAGGGGUGACAGCGGAGCAGUCAAAUUUGGACUUUGUGUUCUUGGUCUGUUAUAAAUACGGCUAUCAAACUGCUGCGACCAACAGACUCAUACAGACAAACUUGGCGCUCACACACAAUCAGGCUCACAGGUAAGACCAGCACUGAUCCUUCACAAAAUCACUGAAUGUUUAUGUCUGGACUCUGGACUGAAAUGUAAAGUUUGUCAUAAAGUGGUUGAUCAAAUUAUUUACUUAUUUAUUUUAUUUUUUUUUUUAUGAAGGAUUCCAAACGCAAUCAUGAAGGUAUUUCUGGUGCUUGCAUUUGUGGCAUUCACUGGUUGCCAUGCCAACCUUCUGUGGGCAGACCCACCCAAGUCACAGCUGGAGCAGGUGAAAGAUGCAUUCUGGGACUAUGUUGCCAAGGCAACACAAACUGCUGAAGACACCCUGAAGAUGAUCAGACAGUCAGAGCUGGGCCAGGAAGUGAAUGCUAGGAUCACAGAGAGCGCAGAUGCUGCCAGCCAAUACGCAGUCACUCUGCACAGUCAGGUGACCCCACUGGCACAGGACCUCGUGACCAAGAUCUCCCAGGAGGCCGAGCUGCUGAAGGAGCGUCUGGGGAAGGACCUGAUCACUGUCAGAGACCAGCUGGAGCCCUACAGUGAAGAGCUGAAGAGCAAAAUUCAGCAGCACGUGGAGAAGCUGAGGCAGGAGCUGGCCCCCUACACUGAGUCCCUGGACACUGCCGCCCUGAAGGCCACCCUGCUCCAGAAGAGCGAGGAGCUGAAAGGGAGCCUGGAGCAGAGUGUGCAGGAGCUGCAGUCCCAGCUUGGCCCCUACACCGAGGAGCUGAAGGAGAAAGUGGACCAGCAUCUGCAGGAGUUCAAGAACAGCGUGGCUCCCCUGGCUGAUAAUGUCCAGACCCAGCUGGCCGAGAGAGCCAAGAUGCUGCAGCAGAGCCUGGCGCCCUACGCUGAAGACCUGAAGGAGAAGCUGAACCCCUACGCCCAGGACCUCAAAGCCCAGCUGACCGCACUCUGGGAGUCUUUCACCAAGAGGGCUUAGAGCUAGAGGGACUAUUUCUCUUUGUUCAUGCUUCACAACUCUCCUUCCCAGAAAGAGACACAUCAUCUGUCUCUCAUCAUUGCUUUGUAACGUCAUUGUCAACACAACACAACACAACACUGCUUACAGUUUAUAACGACUCCACUUUGGUCUAUGCUUGUAAUGUGUGUAAAUUAUUUAUGAAAGUCUCCCUGUGCUAUUUACAAGUGCACUGAACAUGGAUUAGAAACUAUGUAUAACUAAUGUAUGAAAAUAAAAGAUAAGAAAAUGUAUCAGCACUGAUUAGUACAUGGUCUUUAAUCGCUUGGUGAAAACACAAUUUAUGUAUUUAGCAUAUACUACAUUUGUAACAAGCAACUUAUACAUUUGUCGGUCUCACUGUCCACCAUCAUCAUUUUUAAUUCCAGGCCCCUUCCUUUCAAUGACACGCACAUACACACACUAACCUCCAGAUGUGUGAAGGGUAUGCAGUGGAUAUGACAUGACAUCACAUGCAAUUACCAAACACGUACUGGCCAUUGUAAAACUUUUGUGCUGACACAAAGAAGUAAAAUUUACACCUCUGUGAAAAACAUUGGUCACCUCUGCACCUCAGUGUGAUCUUUUUUCAAUGCCUACUCAUCACAAGACGAAGUUGAGCACACAGCAGAUUUUUUUGUGUUUUCCCAUGCUACUCCAGCAGUGCUUACACAAAUGUGUGGAAGCGGCAAUGUUUUUUCAGCAGUGCAGGGGUUACAUUGCUAUCUGUAAUACUUCAUAGGUUUUCUGGUCACAUGUGUUUGGCAACAUUUCUGUACCAUAUGUAGUGAUUUCUCCCUGGUCCUCAGUGCUAGAUCCUGUGGAGGUGCUGCCUGUAGUGCUGAACAGGCUGGCUUUCCUGGUUUUUACUCACCCUGAAUUAGCCUUUGUACACCAUCACAUGUUAGUGGAAAUGCAGUAUACAGUAUGUGUCAAUGUAUUUUCCCAUACAUCGUGAAAUACUUAACAUCCAAGCAAGCAAGACCAGGGUGAGAGGUGCAAGGAAAAACACCUUUCCAACAAGGAGGAAGAAGAAGACAACAACACAGAAUUCAGCCCUCUAUGUGAGAACAAAAUAUAUUAUAUUCCUUAACCAUUUCAAUCUGAGCCAAUGCAGUUACAAUUAAUGUUCUCACCAUUUGAUCAUAUUACAGCUAUUUGACGUUGCUUGUGUCCUACUCAGGCCUGGCACUAUGGGGGUGCUUAGGGGUGCAUUGUACUGUGCACCCCCAGUUGUCUCCUUAUAUCCCGAU